AUGGGCAUCUUUGGAGGCGGUGGCCCUCGCGACCCAACUGAGAAACUCUCAGUACACCAGCUGCUGUACAUCUUCGUGAUCAAUGGCUUGGGUGGCUUCAUAAUAUCCGGCGGCAUCAAUUUCGCAGUUGCUUAUGGAAUGUAUGCUCGCACAACGGAACCCAUUUGGCUCUUCCAGCUGCCUACAACGCUCUUGGGCGAUGCCGGCGUGACUACAAUCCUGCAGAGCAUCAUUACAUGGCUCAUCACCGUGCUCAUGGUUAAUGGAGACCUCCGGUCUGGCGGCGUGGCUCCCAUAGGCUUUGUCAAGCAACCCAAGAACCGGCUCAUCCGGUGGUUCAUGUUUCUCGACCCCGAGGACUCGGCACCAGUCACAAAAGUGGAGACCGGCAAGGAGGAAGGAUGUCUAUCAGUACUGGUCUCCCGUUUCUCUUUCAUCCGCGACCAGGCGUUGCGAGGCUUCAUCUUUUCCAUCCCGUUUUUCGCCGUCAUGGUCGGCCCGACGGUCGGGAUCCUGAUAAGCCACGGAACGCGGUCUGGUGGUGACUUUGUGUAUCCUCAGAUCUGGACUCCGCAGAUUUUCAAGCUCCUGUACGGAGGGAUUCUGGGCUUGUUCAUGUCACCAUUAUAUGUGCUCUUCUGGACAGUCCGCUGUGGAUGGGCGAUGCAGCGGGGAGAGACUCAUUAUGGCGAGACCUGGCGAACUCUCGAAACAGAAUCACUGGUCCAGGCGUCAGGAGCUGUGUAG